AUGGGGGGAGUCACAGGAUUCCCAAGUGUUGGUCUGGUGUCCAGGUUCUCCUUUGUGAAGACCGAGCUGAACUGGUCUCCUAACGCUUCAGCCUUCUCCUUAGGGUCGGAGUCUAACAUAUUCCUUUCUUCCUUCCCUACCUAUAGGUACGAGACCGUCAACGUCUGCACGAAAAACAAGCCCGAGUGGUUCUUCUCCAUCAACCCCCUGGCCAAGGUGCCCACCCUGCAGCAUGACGGCAAAGUCGUGUACGAGUCCCUGGUGUGUAACGAGUACGUGGACCGGGUCUUCCCGGGCAGGAAGCUGUUACCGGAGGAGCCUCUGGAGAAGGCACGGAUCGGGAUGCUGCAGGCCAUCUGGGACGCUAAGGUCAGUAGUGUUCAAAGAUGCACAGUGAAGAAAAGUUGCUAGGGGGCGUAAAUGUAC